AUGUCUUCCACCCUCCCGUUCCUCGACUACAACCCCACCAACGUCUUCAAUAAGCUCAAAACCCACAACCCCGAGGCAACCAAUGCCACCGAUCGCGCUGCACUAGAAGCGUACCUCUCCGCUCGCCAUGAAUACGACGAGGCUGUCAAGGCAGCCGACGAGGCCAUCGACCAUCACAAGCGACUCGUACGUCAACAGGACGACCGUGUCCUCACCGAGCUCAUUCGACUCGACAAUCUGAAAGUUGCCCAUCGCUUUCAACCGCUCCUACCGCGCAGCAUCCGGGCACAACACAACAAAUUCAUCCCGCGCGCCAUCCCCAACGCGUACUUACCCCUACCCGCACCCCUACCGACGUCUGCUUUCAGGCGCCCCCCGAUCCCAUCCCCUUUCCUCCAAGCAACGCCGCGGAGCACUACCAUCCCGGCUGACUGGCAACCCAACCCUGGUUGGACCCUGAAGGGAAGCUGCAGGCGAUGCGGAUCGUCUCGACACUGGGUACAGGACUGUCCAGACGUACGAUGCGCAGGAUGCGGAAAAGAAACCCCUGGACACCUGGAGCGAGAGUGUGGAACCAGGCCGAUGAAGCGACAUGUAUCCACACCACCUGAAGAACCUGCGCGACGCGUGGGGGUGGUCGUUGACAACGUGUUCCUCGAGGAAAUCAUCAACGAGGCGAAGGAGAGGAAGGAGAAAGAGAGGCAGAUGAAAGCGGUACCUAUUCCUCCACCGCGCAGCGCUAACCCCGAACCCCCAACCAGUCCCAUCGCGGGACCCUCGCGCCCCCGCCCCGAUACACCCGUUGUCUUUCGCAAAGUCGACCCCGACUGGACACCCGACACCACUCAAUGGACGUGGGACAGCUCCUGGCCGCAUCAGAAGCACCUCUCUGGCGAGGAAUGGAUGAACGUGGGGAGGAAUGCGCGCAACGAGUGGUUCGACGAAGAAAAGGAUGACGGCGUAGAUUGGGAGCUAUACGGAGAUGUGUGCUUCUACAACAUUGAGAGCACUUUAUGCAACCAUCUCAAGGGUGACAAGAAAAGACAUACAGGUAGUGUCAAGGAGUUUGAGCUGGAGGAACUGGAUGAUGACAAUACACUGGAGUGGUUUGAUGGGCCUGCUACAGUUAUCCAGGGACAGUCUGGGUUUCUUGCUGCAAACGAGGCACUGCAUGGCUGGGAAGCCACAGCAGUUGCACAUGGAUGUUCAGGAGUAGUAGAUGUGAACAAGGCAGAAGAUGCAUAUACUAGAAAUUCUUCUGGAGGGAGUCAUGUGCCGAAGGGCAAAUAG